AUGCCGGCCGCUCGAAAGCCGGCCGUGGCGCCCGCGAUAUGGGCGCUGCUAGCGACCGUCUGCCUGCUACAAUGCGGCGUCUCUGUCAAGGCACAGGGAUGUCAGGCCUACAACGACGACAUGGCGUCAUGCGCAUCCGACCCGGGCUGCGCCAUCUCCGGCAUGUGCGUCCCCAACAUCAACCCCUGUACCGUUGGCAUCACCUCCCUCACCUGCAACCUCAUGCCCGGCUGCGAGUGGUUUGAAGGCAUGUGCCUUCUGGUUCACCACGAAUGCAUGGAGAUUAAGGAGAUGGUGGCGUGCCAGAUGGACACCAUGACCAUGCUGUGCGAGUGGCAGCCCUUCUGCAUGGACCUCGAUGCCCCCGAAGCGCCGACACCUCCCGGUAUUCCGCCACCGCCACCGCCACCCGGUACCCCGCCCUCGCCGCCCACGACAUAUCCGGUCAAACCGUGGAAGCCGCACAUGCCGCCGCCGCCGCCGCCGCCAACGCAGUGCGUCGACUACAACAUGGACAUGGACGCGUGCACGAGCGAUCCCAAUUGCGAGCCAACAGGGAUGUGUGUCCCCAACAUCAACCCCUGCACCGUGGGUAUGACAUCCCUCACCUGCAACCUCAUGCCUGGUUGCGAGUGGAUCGAGGGCAUGUGCAUGCUGCUGCACCACGAAUGCAUGGAGAUCCGGGAGAUGGUGGCGUGCCAGAUGGACACGAUGACGCUCAUGUGUGAGUGGCAGCCCAUGUGUGUGAGCUCCAGCCCAACAGCCCCACGGCCACCACCACCACCACCACCAAAGCACUACCCACCGCCGCCCCCGCCCCCCGAUCACGAGUGCCCCUCUGCAUACCACCGGCGCAAGUGCCCGGACCUGUGCCAUGGCCGCCGCUGCCUGGCCCACCCGGCCGCCAUGUGCGUGGUUGAGGACUGCGGGGUGUGCGCCGCGCACUUCUACGAUCGCAGCGUCUCCGCGUACGACCCGCAGCCGCUCGACUGCACGCCCUCGGACUGGUGCACGGGCAAGUGUCGGCGCAAGUUUGAGGCGUGCGAGGACUACGCGCCGUGCAGGGCGGCGCUGUACAAGCUGUACGAUGCUCGUGACAGCUACGCCGGGUGCGACUACGCGUGCUACAAGCGCAUUGCCCCCACACACGACUACCACGCCCGCUCCAUGUUCGAUGCCCUGUACGGCUGCCUCGGCGGCUGCGACGGCAGUGUUGGCCGCGGCCCGCACGGUCACGGUGGCAGCGGUCAUGACAGCAACAACAACGGCAACAACAAGGAUGAUGGCGUUGGGCACGGCUCCGAGUACACGAUUGACCACCGGUACGGCGGCGUGUGCCACCAGCCGCCCGUCCCCGGCGACUGCGACGGUCAUGCCUCCCGCUGGUUCUUCAACCCGCGCACGAGCCAGUGCGAGGAGUUUGCGUACGGCGGCUGCGGCGGCAACGGCAACAACUUUGCGAGCAAGGAGGCGUGCGAGCAGCGAUGCGUGGUUGGCGCGUGCUGCACACGACGCAUGGUGCACGAGGAUGGCAAGGCGUAUGGCUACGAUCGCCACGGAUACGAUCGCCACGGGUACGACCGCAACGGCGUGGCCAGGGACGGCCGCUCCCGGCGCCCGCACUCGCACCCGCGCUUCACACGCAACACGUACAGCGAGCACGGGCAGGACGAGCGCGGCUACGACACGACCGGGUGCGACGGUGCCGGCUAUGACAUCCGCGGGUACGACAAGCGGUACUCGCGCGACGGGCAGCAGUACGAUUACACGUACGACGAGCAGUACGACGGACACGGCAUGGACCGGUCUGGCGUCGGCCACCGCGGCUAUGACAAGGACGGCUAUUCCUAUGACGGGUACUAUUCCAAGGCGGAGUUCUCCUGCCAGCAGCUGACGCACUCGCAGUGCCAGGCGCUGGAGAACGACAAGGACGGCGUGGAGGUGGUGUCGUUUGCCCAGGGCAAGUCGUGCUCGCUUGUGCGCUGCGGCAGCCCCAAGUGGGAGGCCCCGCGCCAGUGCAUGUACGGCGGAAAGGCGUACGCGUACGGGCAGACGUUUUCCUACGGCUGCCAGACGUGCUUCUGCGCAACAGACGGCACCGUGUCGUGCCAGUGCGUGCCGCGCCCGCGCCGCGAGAUUCGCGACAUGACGCCGCAGGAGAUUGCGGCGUUUGUGGACGCCGUCAACGCCCUGUACGAGAGCGGCAUGUGGUCGACGCUGGCGGAGAUGCACCUCAACGCGGGUCCGCAGGCGUACGGCAACCCGCGCUUCCUGCCGUGGCACCGGGAGUUCCUGAGCCAGGUGGAGAUGGCCAUGCGCGACGCCACCGGCAACUGCGACCUCGUCAUCCCCUACUGGGACUGGACGAUCGACGCCAUGUCCCCGGAGACGUCCCCCGUGUGGAACAUCGUCGGCGGUGACGGCCGCAACAUGGACUCGUGCGUGAUGGACGGGCCCUUUGCCCACUUUUCGCCGUGCAUCGAGCGCUCCUGGGAUGCGAGCUGGGGCAUGCCCUCGUUUGACGAUGUUGCCGCGGCCCUUGCCCAGUCCAACUAUGAGGACAUGGCCGCUGCGCUGGAGGCCCUGCAUGCGGACCCGCGCAUGUGCGUUGGCGGCACGAUGGUGUCGCACAUGGCGCCGUACGACCCCAUCUUUGUGAUGCACCACGCGUACAUCGACAAGCUGUGGGAGGACUGGAUGACGACGCUGGACAACGGGCACCAGUUCCCGCAGCACAUGAUGCACACCACCCUCGACCCCUUCCCGCGCACGCCGGCGGACGUGCUUAACAGCGAGUCCGCGCUGUGCGUCGGCUACCUCCACCCUGGCGAGGUCCCGCCCUGCGACGCCACGGCCUACGGCGGCACACACGACACGGACGGCUACCACGCGGGCACCCCGCCCCCGCGCUACAACCGCGAUGGCUACGAUCGCGACGGCUACGACGUGUACGGGCGCGACCGUUAUGGGCGCGAUCGCAGCGGGCAGUACGUGACCGUGGACGACGGCGAGAACGACGCGUACUCGCCGUCCAUGUACGGCAUGGAUGCGCGCGGGUACGACGCGUACGGGUUUGAUGCGCAGGGCCUGGACGAGCGCGGGUGCGGCGUUGGCGGCGGCCACCCAAUGUACAUGCGCGACGUGUACCGCAUGCAACGCGGCGUGUACGACUCCAUCAAGGCUGGCGACUACCAGCGCAACCAGCGCACGUGCCGCCCGCGCCGCCCGCUGCCGUCGUGGUGGCGCAAGGACAACUGGAUGGACCGGGACACGGACCACUGCCGCCGCAUCUCUCGCCACGAGAGGCGGGUCGAGUCCGAGUACAGCGACAACGCCGGCCGCUCCUACCGCCACCAGUACGACCGCCGCCCCUUUGCCCACGUGCGCCGGGACAUGUGCUUUGAGGGUGACGCGUACAUGCCACGCCACCACGGUGGCGACGACGGCAAGUGGGUGUACGGCGAUGCGCACCAGUGCCCGCCCGGCCAGACCCCCGUGCAGUGCUUCGCCAACCCCUGCGACAACGCGGUGUGCCCCGGCGACAGCACCGCCAUGUGCCGCGUCAACACGUGCGGCGGCUGCAAGGCGGAGUUCUACACUGCAGAUGGGCGGCGUGCGCGCUGCUACGACCACAACCAGGUGGGCCGUGGCGCGUGCAGCUCAACCUGCCGCUACAACCCCUGUGCACAGGCCACCUGCCCCGCCAACCCCAACGCUGUGUGCGAGCCGGACGCGUGCGAUGGCUGCAAGGCGGUGUGGACGGACCCGUACUCGGGCCAGCGCGUGCAGUGCGAGGCGAGCGACCCCUGCUCCAAGCACGGCAGGGCGCACGUGUGCGGCGACGACGGUCUCUCGUACGACAACGCGUGCUAUGCGGAGCGCGCCGGCACGCGGGCGGCGUACGGCGGCAAGUGCGUGCGCUGCGAGGACAGGUGCUCCAGCGCACACGACUACGAUGGCGUGAAGGAGGUGUGCGGUGAGGACGACAAGACGUACCCGUCUGCGUGCCACGCACGCUGCGCCGGUGUGAAGGUGGCGUACCCUGGCAAGUGCCAGGCUGUGCCGCAGACGUGCAACGAUGUCAACUUCUUCAAGGCCAAGGACGAGGUGCGGCAGACGGUGUGCAACACGCGUGCGCGGUGCCGUGCGGAUGCUGCGCGCAGCGACAUGAACCGGUGCUCGUGGGAUCCGUUUGCACGGCGGUGCGGGUGCGCCACGUCCCCCGCGGUGUGCGACGCCGACGCCGCCGUGUGCACGGAGUGCUGCAACAAUGAGCUGCGGCUGUGCCUCAACUCUGCUACAAGCACCACCGUCACAGACAUGACAAACAACAUGCAGAACACCGGGGGUAUGCCCGACGUGGACGACAUGCCGGAUGAGGUGGUCAACCUCAGCACCAUGGUCUCCAACUGCUACGACGUGUACCUCUCCUGCCAGUUCUCGUGCUUUGACAUGCCAAUGCUCGGGCGCAUGGGCAACGUGGCAGGCGACCAGGUGCAGUUCACCAUGGAUAUGGCCGUGGCUGCAAUGUCCAUGCUUGACGCAAGGCAGAUGGCAGACGCGGCAAGCGUUGCCCUCGGCAUGCCCGACGUCACCCCGAACAGCGUCGUCCCGCUCGGCGUUGCUCCGGCCAUGCGUAGCGGCGGCACCGACCAGCUUGUCAGCGGCCUGCCUGGCGCGGGCGUGCUUGGCGGCGUUGGCGGCGGCGGCGGUGCUGGCGGCCUCACCAGCAGUCUGGGCAACGUCGGUGGCUUGACUGGUGGUCUGGGCAACGUUGGAGGGCUGACCGGUGGCCUCGGCAAUGUCGGUGGCGUCACAGGUGGCCUUGGUGGCCUUGGUGGCUUGGGUGGCACUUCUGGCAACGGUGGCGUGUCGACUGGCGUGCCCCUUGCUGAUUCUGUCACGAACCUGCUUGAGGGCAUGCUAAAUGGGCUGCUUGGAGGUGGCGGCACGAGCGACCUGACAGGCGGCCUGCUCGGUGGCGGCGGCAGCAACAGCAACGGCGGAACAACGACAACUGCCGGCAACAACAACAACAACAACAACAACAACAACGGUGGCACCGGUCCCCUCGACGGCCUCACAGGUGGGCUCACCGGUGGUGGUGGUGGCGGCCUGGGUGACCUGGGUGGCCUUCUUGAUGGCCUGCUUGGCGGCGGCGGCGGCUCCAGCAGCGGCUUUGGCGGCCUCCCCGUUCUUGGCCAGGAUGACAACAACUCCACAGCCACCUUGCUCAACGAUGUCAUGUCGGUGACCAUGGCUGUGGUUGCUCCCAACGAGACGCUCGAGCUUGUGCGCGACUCUGUGAUGCGAAUGGCGCUGGACGGGUCGCUUGCGCGGCAGCUUGGUCUGCGCACGGGCUCCGCAGAGCCAAACGGCACCCAGACCACCGUGCGCGACGUGAAGAUUGUGCGGCGGGACGGCACUGGUAACGGCGGUGAUGGAAACGAUGGCGACAACUCCUUGCCGCGCGACGGGGACCCGUCUGAUCCCACGCCCGCGCCCAAGGGCAGCGGCAGCGGGUCGUCCCUGCCCAUCCCGCUCAUUGUCGGCGCGGUUGCUGGCGCCCUGGUGGUCGUGGGCGGCAUCAUCGUUGCCGUCGUGAUUGUGCGCCGGCGCCGCGGCAGCCAAGGAUCGUCAGCGGCCGCACCAAGCAGUGGGGGUGGCAUCCGCACCCUCUGA